AUCCCACGGCCGCUGCCGCUAUGGCUCAACACAGCAUGUGCCAAACACAUUGUCAAGGGGAACUUUAUGACGCUGAGUGCUCGGCCAAAGACGGUUGAUCCUGGAGAGUGGGUGGCACACCAGGUUGUCGAGCACUACCGCAAUCUCUGGAACUUUGUCCGGGUCAUUCACGAAAAGGAAGAGGAUGGCAGCAGCAUAUGCAACCCGAAUACAUGCCCCAAGAUGUCUGCGGGCAAGAACCACUCGUACACCUGGCUCAACAGGAAUCACGAGCCGGUGGAGCUGCCAGCGUAUGAGUACAUGACGCUGAUGCAGCGGUGGAUGUCCGGAAAGAUUGACGAUCCCGCGCUGUUCCCUACCGACCCUGACACGGUGGGCUUUGCCCUGCAUCCCGAGUACACGAGCAACGCGCUCCAGCAGCAGCAGGGCGGCGAGGACUGGCUCGGGGCCCGAAGCGGAUUCCCCAAGCAGCUCGGGAGCACCUGUCAGCUCAUCUUCCGCCAGAUCUUCCGCGUCUACGCCCACCUGUACUGGGACCACUUCGUCGAGCCCUUUUACCACCUCAACCUGGAGAAGCAGCUCAACAGCUGCUUCAGCCACUUCAUCCUGACAGCCACGACGCUGGAUAUGCUGCAGCCCGCCGAGCUGGAGCCCAUGCAGUACCUCAUCGACCUGUGGGCUGCUGACGGCACGUUCCCGCCCGAGUCGAGGCCUUAUGCAUAUGCCAACGUCGAGCGUGGCCGAUAUAUCCAGAGCCUGGGCACGUCAGCUUGA